AUGUCUGCAGAAGGGGGCGGGCACCAGCCUCCAGCUGAGCCUCCCUCUUCGCACGUCUUCCCCAGGAGAGGAGGUUGCCCCGUUGGAAACCUAGAGGUGCGGAGCCGGCGGGCACACAACGCGGUAGCCGUGCAGCCUGGGAGCUCGGGGCAGAAACGUCCUUUCGAAGCGCCUGUACGGGCGGGGGGCCGCGUCCCUGAGGGAUUGGCUUCUCACCAUGUUCCUUUCUCUGCCCUAGCUUAUGUUCCCGAGGAAGAGCUGAAGGCGGCGGAGAUCGAGGAAGAGAACGCGGAGGAGGAUGGGCUGUCCCUGGACAUUCAGGACAGUGACUUCGUGGGCGGCGAAGACGCCGAGCUGCGCGAGGCCCAGAGCGGCCAGGACUCCCCGGUCAGCACGGCCACCAAUCAGGACGCCGGCUACGGGUCGCCUUUCAGCGAAAGCAGCGACCAGCUCGCCCACUUCAAAGGCUCCUCCUCCAGAGAAGACAAAGAGGAUCCGCCGGGUCCCGACGCCGCCGUCUCCUACCCCCAGGACAGCUUGGCCCAGAUCAAGGCCGUCUACGCGAACUUGUUCUCGGAGUCCUGCUGGUCCAGCCUGGCGCUGGAUUUGAAGAAGUCCAGCUCGACCACCAGCAGCAACGAUGUGGGCCCCAAGGAGAGCGCCACCCCCACCCCCACGCCCCCCGCCACCACGGCGGGGGCCACCGGCACCACCGCCAGCACCCCCAGCUCCAGCUCCAGCACCAGCACCAGCACCAGCACCAGCAGCGGCAGCGGCUCGGGUUACGACUGGCACCAGGCCGCGCUGGCCAAGACGCUGCAGCAGACGCCCACCUACGGGCUGCUGCCCGAGCCCAGCCUGUUCAGCACCGUGCAGCUCUACCGGCAGAACAACAAGCUGUACGGCUCGGUGUUCACGGGCGCCAGCAAGUUCCGCUGCCGGGACUGCAGCGCCGCCUACGACACGCUGGUGGAGCUGACGGUGCACAUGAACGAGACGGGCCACUACCGCGACGACAACCGGGACAAGGACUCGGAGAAGACCAAGCGGUGGUCCAAGCCGCGCAAGCGCUCUCUGAUGGAGAUGGAGGGCAAGGAGGACGCCCAGAAGGUGCUCAAGUGCAUGUACUGCGGCCACUCCUUCGAGUCCCUGCAGGACCUGAGCGUCCACAUGAUCAAGACGAAGCAUUACCAGAAAGUGCCUCUGAAGGACCCGGUGCCCGCCAUCACCAAGCUGGUCCCUUCCACGAAAAAGCGAGCCCUCCCGGACCUGGCGUCCCCGUGCUCCCCGGAGCCAGCAGGGGCCGCCGCAGAGGCCGCCCUGAGCGAGGCGGCCAAGGACCAGAAGACUGCCAACCCCUACGUGACCCCCAACAACCGCUACGGCUACCAGAACGGGGCCAGCUACACCUGGCAGUUCGAGGCCCGCAAAGCCCAGAUCCUCAAGUGCAUGGAGUGUGGCAGCUCCCACGACACCCUGCAGCAGCUCACCGCCCACAUGAUGGUCACCGGCCACUUCCUGAAGGUGACCACCUCCGCCUCCAAGAAGGGGAAGCAGCUGGUGCUGGACCCCGUGGUGGAAGAGAAGAUCCAGUCCAUCCCCUUGCCCCCCACCACGCACACCCGGCUCCCCGCCUCCCACAUCAAGAAGCAGCCCGAUUCACCCGCGGGGUCCACCGCCUCGGACGAGAAGAAGGAGCCGGACAAGGAGAAGGUGCCGGCGGCCAGCGACACGGAGAAGAAGAUCAAGGAGGAGAACGAGGACGCCUCGGAGAAGUUUGAGCCCACCACUCUCUAUCAGUACCUGCGCGAGGAGGACCUGGACGACAGCCCCAAGGGCGGGGUGGACAUCCUGAAGUCCCUGGAGAACACCGUCUCCACGGCCAUCAGCAAAGCGCAGAACGGCGCGCCCUCGUGGGGGGGCUACCCCAGCAUCCACGCCGCCUACCAGCUGCCGGGCGCCGCGAAGCCGCUGCCCGCCGUGCAGAGUGUGCAGAUGCAGCCGUCCUACGCGGGCGGCGUGAAGGCGCUGUCCUCCGAGCACAGCGCGCUCCUGCACUCCCCGGGCAGCCUCACGCCGCCGCCCCACAAGAGCAACGUGUCGGCCAUGGAGGAGCUGGUGGAGAAGGUCACGGGCAAGGUCAGCGUGAAGAAGGAGGAGAGGCUCGCCGAGAAGGAGAAGGGCUCGCCGGCCAAGGCCGUGUCCCCCGUGGCCAAAGAGAACAAGGACUUCCCUCGGACGGAGGAUGCCAGCGGCAAACCCCAGCAGAAGAAGGGCCCCGAGGCGGAGGUGGGCAAGGCCAAAAAGGAGGGCGCGGUGGACGCCCACACCCCCAACGGCACGGAGCCGCUCAAAGCCAAAGUCACCAACGGCUGUAACAACCUGGGCAUCAUCACGGACCACUCGCCGGAGCCCUCGUUCAUCAGCCCGCUGAGCGCGCUGCAGUCCAUCAUGAACACGCACCUCGGCAAAGUGUCCAAGCCCGUGAGCCCCUCGCUGGACCCGCUGGCCAUGCUGUACAAAAUCAGCAACAGCAUGCUGGACAAGCCCGCCUACCCCGCCACCCCCGUCAAGCAGGCCGACGCCAUCGACCGCUACUAUUACGAGAACAGCGACCAGCCCAUCGACCUGACCAAGGCCAAGAGCAAGCCGCUGGGCCCCAGCACGGCCGAUGCCGUCUCCUCGCCUCUGCGGGAGAGCGCGCUCAUGGACAUCUCCGACAUGGUGAAGAACCUCACGGGCCGGCUCACCCCCAAGUCCUCCACGCCCUCCACGGUGUCGGAGAAGUCGGACGCCGACGCCAGCAGCUUCGAGGAGGCACUGGACGAGCUGUCGCCCGUGCACAAGAGGAAGGGCCGCCAGUCCAACUGGAACCCUCAGCACCUGCUCAUCCUGCAGGCUCAGUUCGCCUCCAGCCUGCGGGAGACCCCCGAGGGGAAGUACAUCAUGUCGGACCUGGGCCCACAGGAGCGGGUGCACAUCUCCAAGUUCACGGGGCUCUCCAUGACCACCAUCAGCCACUGGCUGGCCAAUGUCAAGUACCAGCUGAGGAGGACAGGCGGGACGAAGUUCCUGAAGAACCUGGACACAGGGCACCCCGUAUUCUUCUGCAACGAUUGUGCCUCUCAGUUCAGAACUGCGCCCACGUACAUCAAUCACCUAGAGACACACUUAGGGUUCAGCCUGAAGGAUCUCUCCAAGCUGCCACUCAGCCAGAUUCAGGACCAGCAGAGUGUGUCCAAGGCCCUGGCCAGCAAGGCCCUGGGCCCAGUGGCGGCUGCCGAGGACGACCUGGGCCCCACAUUCCAGUGCAGAGUGUGCAGCCGGACUUUCGCGAGCAAGCACGCUGUCAAACUGCACCUCAGCAAGACGCACGGCAAGUCCCCGGAGGACCACCUGAUCUACGUGACCGAGCUGGAGAAGCAGUAGCGAGCGCCCAGGUGCGCGAGGGACCCCGGCACAUUGCACUAACCGUCUUCACACUGCACUAGGCCUGGCCUGAGCCUCCGAAAUCAGCCUCCCUUGGUUGCCCAACGGCCUGUCUGGACCUCGGUUUUUCUUACACAUAUUUUGUAGCUAUAUUUAUAUGCUCUUUGUCUGAUUGCGCAUGUUGUUUUUUUUUUUUCUUCUUUUUUUUUUUUUCCGCGCGUCGAAGUCUGACCUUUAUUUUCAACAUCUGUUCUUGAUGUUAAGCUAUCUUUUGUAGGAAAUGGUGGGGCACACUACUCAGAGACGCUGACUUAGCAGGAGAGAGAGACACAUGUAACAGUGAUAAAAAGACGUCCUAAAAAUUACAAAGUUGCCAUGACAAUAAAGGUCAUGGAACCCAGGGGGGGUUCACAUUUAACCCUUUGAGGACUGUAAUCGCAUCUCUGUGCCUUUCACU